AUGAGCUUCCCUGCUGUGCUCAACCGGGGGGACGAGUUUCUCAGUGAAUAUCCUCGCACGGCCCCGUGGUGGAACUUUGCUUCCCAUGCUACCUGUCUUUUCAUGACGCUUAAUACCAAGGUGCUUCUAAACAUUCUUUACAAGCCCCAGGUUCAUGGUAUCGAGAAGUUGGAUCUGGCGUUUGCCAAGGCCCGUGAAGAGAACCGCCUGAUCAUUACGGUGAUGAAUCACAUGCUGGUGUGUGACGACCCGUCGUACGUCGCGAUGUUGCCCUUCCGGUACAUCAACCAUAUCGAUAACGUUCGGUGGGGUUUUGCCGCAGACAAUGUGUGUUUUGGAACCAAGUGGCAAGGGUGGUUUUUCAACCUUGGCAAGAUCCUCGGUAUUGCCCGAUUCGGCGUUGGCCCGUUCCAAGAUAGUGUUGAUGCUGCCAUCAGAGUCGUCAGCCCCGACGACUCUUUAGCUCCGAAACAACCACUUCCCACAUACAAGGACGCCAUUGAAAUCCAGCAACUUAAUGAUGCCAUAAUAGCCCCGCAGUUGAAACCUAAUGCUGAACUGACCCAGUUGUUGAUGCCUCUGCUCCCUUUUGUGAGGAAGGAAACGUCGUGGUUCCAUGUGUUCCCAGAAGGGUUUGUACUUCAGCUACAACCUCCUAAUAACAACUCUAUGCGGUACUUCAAGUGGGGUGUAACUCGUCUUAUCCUUGAAGCGACGCGUGCCCCAGUUGUCGUUCCCAUGUUCGCCCAUGGCUUCGAGAAGAUUGCUCCUGAAGAUAUUACGGGCUGGAAGCGUUGGUUCCCCGCCAACCUUGGCCUGGAAAUCCAUCUUUACGUGGGAGACGCUAUUCCUGAUGAAAUUGUCUUUGAGUAUCGCAAGAAGUGGCGUCAGCUUGUGCUGGUUUUUGCCGACCCUUGGAGUAAACUGGGAGACCUCUCAGAAGAGCUCAAAACUGGUAAAUGGGCGGAAGAGCUUCGCUCGAAUUUGGCCGCCGAACUUCGGCGCCAUGUUGCCUCCUUGCGGCGUGAAGCUGGGUUUCCGCCUGAAUACCCCUCGUUCAAGAACCCCAGGUGGUGGCACCGCUUCACUAAAACUGAGGGCGCUAGCGAUUCCAGCGUAAAGUUUGUUGGCCUCAAUUGGGCCAUAAAGCGGCUUCAGCCGCAUUUGUCGGAGUACUCGCCGGACCAAUAA